GGGGACCAGAGCAGACGGGGCCGGAUCAGACAGGGGGUCCCCCAGCGCUUUCCAGCAGCGCACCAAUCCUCAGCUAGGAACGGCUCGGUCGGAGGUUUCAGUCCGGGGAAUCGACCAAAAUAGGGCUAAUGGCUCGCUGCGGAGCCCCGACGGAAUACCCAAACGUAGACUUUUACGCUUGAACUCACUGAGCAUGUCCACGUUUGACAGGACGCGGGAACACUCUGCAUAAUUACUUUCUGAGUACCCACUCGCGGUGGACCGAUCGACCGAAUGCCGAAGCAGCAACGGAGACGGACCUCGAAGGAGGCUGUGGCGGGGAUCAGCAACGACGGCUCCCGUCUGGAGCGCAAGCAAUGCGGUAAGUCCACCGAGGUUUGCAAUGAACUCCAAAGUGAAACAGCAACAGCUCAGUGUCAGAGGAAGGCAGCACGCCGCUCUCCCCCGUCCGCCGCUCCGCCCUCAGCCCCCACUGAGCGCACAGAGGAGCGCCGGGUGCCGCAGGUGACCAUCACCCCAGAGGGGUGCGGCGCCUCCCGGGAGAUGCAACAGGGCGACUGGGACGAGGUGGUGGAGGGGCCGCUGAGGAGGAAACUCUCCAACUCCUCCAUCUCGUCGACGGGUUCCUCCUUGGUGGAGUCGGAGGAUGACAUCCUGAGUGACAGCGAGAGCAAAGGCAUCAUCACGUUGGAGCACCUUGGUGGAGUGGAGAGCGGCGAGCAUACCAAGUCCUGGUGGAAGCUGAAGACUGUGGUCAACUGGCCCUUCGUCGCCAGUCAGAGGAAACGCCUCAACUGGGUGCAGCUUGCUGGACACAAAGGGAACUUCAAGGCAGCUGGCGAGGGCAGCAUCCUGAAGAAGUUCUCGGAGAACGAGAAGCAGUGCUUCGAGCGGCUGAGCGGAGACGCACUCCAACCCUUCGUUCCCCAGUUCCUGGGGGUCGUGGAGAAGGACGGAGAGUCCUUCUUGCACAUGACGGACCUGCUGGCGACCUUUGACCUCCCCAACGUCAUGGACUGCAAAAUGGGAAUAAGGACGUACCUGGAGGAGGAGCUGGUGCGGGCCCGGGACCGGCCCAAGCUGAGGAAGGACCUGUAUGAGAAGAUGGUAGAGGUGGACGGCCAGGGGCCCACGGCGCUGGAGCAUGCCCAGAAGGGCGUCACCAAGCCCCGCUACAUGCAGUGGAGGGAGACCAUGAGCUCCACACACACCCUGGGCUUCAGGAUAGAGGGCAUCAAGAAAGCAGAUGGGACGUGCAGAACAGACUUCAAGAAGACGCACAACCAGCAGGACGUCACCGCAGUCUUCAGGGACUUUGUGGAGGAAGACGACAGUAUUGUAAGGAGCUACCUGGGCCGUCUGGCUGAGAUCCAGCAGGUCUUGCAGACCUCAGAGUUCUUCAAGAGACACGAGGUCGUGGGCAGCUCUCUCUUGUUCAUCCACGACCACACGGGCCGUGCCGAGGUUUGGCUCAUCGACUUCGGGAAGACCUCGGCUCUACCGGAGGGCCAGAUGUUGAGCCACGCCGUGCCCUGGCAGGAGGGCAACCGGGAGGACGGCUACCUGUGGGGGCUGGAGAACCUGGUCCAGCUCCUGGAGGCCGUGGACUGCGGGCCCCCCGGGGAGGAGACCCGGGCGUCCCCAGGGGAGGAGACCCGGGGGUCGGGGGCCGGCGAGCCAGCGAGCUCCUUCCUGGACCCAGACGCUCAGUGACUCUGGAGGACGAGACCCAAACGCGCAUGGGAGGGAACCCUGUACUCAAGAUGUGGGAGGUGUUCUGGAAGGUUCUGGGAGGUGUUCUAGAAGGUUCUGGGGUGUUCAGGAAGGUUCUGGGAGGUGUUCUGGAAAGUUCUGGGAGUUGUUCUGAAAGGUUCUUGGAGGUGUUCUGGAGUGUUCUUGGAGGUGUUCUGGAAGGUUCUGGGAGGUGUUCUGGAGUGUUCUGGGGUGUUCAGGAAGGUGUUCUGGAAGGUUCUGGGAGUUGUUCUGGAAGGUUCUGGGAGGUGUUCUGGGGUGUUCAGGAAGGUGUCCUGGAAGGUUCUGGGAGGUGUUCUGGAAGCUUCUAGGAAGUGUUCUGGAGUGUUCUAGGAGGUGUUCUGGAGUGUUCUGGGAGGUGUUCUGGAGUGUUCUGGGAGGUGUUCUGGAGUGUUCUGGAAGGUGUUUUGGCUGUUCUUUGUGUUCUGAGGUGGCGUGGUUCGAUGAGAGUGCUGAGGUAGUACUGGGGGUUUAAGAAGAGCAAAGCUACAAUAAACUGAUGUUCAGAGUAAAUGAUACAUUAUGGAUUUAGGAACGAGUACAGGAGCAGCGUUGGGUUAAUCACCUUUCCCAGAAAAACCAGAAGAUGAAAAAGAAAGAAAAAUGGAUAACCUAUUCACUUAUGGGCAGGUUUAGAAUCAGCAGAAUCCAUUACCCGUACCAGACAGUUCACUGACUGCAGGUGGGAAACUCUUAUUUUUGAAAUGAGUCAUAAGAGUUUUCAACACCAGACUUGGCCUGAAUAUCACAAUUAUAAGUACAUAAUUAUGGUGAAAUUUCAUAUUAACAUUUCUAGAUUAAGUAUUCAUUAUUAGAUAUUAAUUGCACACCCACCCACCAGAUCAUAUAACUACAUUACCAAUACAUCACUAUACUGUGGCACAUAUACAUGGUGAUAUUCACUAUAUGUAUUUCAAACUUAUUUAGAUAUUUUAAUCAUGGAUUCAGGAUAUAUAUUCAGGUAAUUUUGUCAGGUGAGGAUACUCCAAGAGGCAGCAAACUGCUGUCCUUCCUUCAGCUAGGAGGGCCAGGCAGCAGAGUGGAGACAGGCUGAGGUUCUGUGAAGGACUCAAAGCUGCCUGUGGUCAUCAUAAAAACACUAUUGCAGUCUCCUAGAAACACUGGCUGGGAUAUCAAAAAUUAAAAAGAUGUAAAGCAUAUGAUUUAUUGAUUUGUUAUUGGUGGGGUUUGAGAUACAGUACUCUUCUGUUUAGUCUUAUUAUUUGUGACUACAAACAAUAAUUACAUUUGUUUUUACGAUUUGAUUGAAUGCAAUUGACAAAUGGUCGCAAUCAAUAAUUUAUAUGUAAUAUAGUCAGUCAGUGAUCACCACACACUGAUCUCAGUGGGAUAAAUUAAUGUUAAUAACCUUAUUACAGAGAAAGUUGUUUAUUUUGGCUGUGGCACAGUACAGUUAGCUACCAAAGGCAUAGAGAUUUCCAAUUCAAAAAUACACAAUUCACCUUCUAAACCUUGCAUUGUGGAUAUGCUAAGUAUUAGUUACUUUCACGAGCAUACGCCCAGCAAACUCUUAAAUGUCAGCGGUGAAUUAUUAAAGUUCAACAUACUAUCUUUAUGUUCACGACAGCAGGUGAGUCACACGAUUGCCGAGGUAAACACUCAAUUCCAGCAGGGUAUCAUCCAAACCUGCUACCUUAGUUUAUAAAAAAAACUCCAGCACUCUGAAACCAAUCAAAAGCAUUAUUAUUGGCAUUUUUUUGGUUUAAAAUAAAGACAAAAGUAAUCCAUAAA